AUGCCCUGUUAUCUUACCAAGUUGAAGGCAUGUGUUUUCACAGAUGUGCUGCAGAGAGCAGCUGAUGGCACGCCAUGUUCCAGCGGCAAGUCGUGUCGCGAGGGAAAGUGUGUCAGUGAUUCUAAGGUGCCUAAAAGUCAAGGUACGUGCAUGUACGGAGAGAGGAAAGGUGAUUGGUUCAGUGAACUAGGAGACCCUGACGGUCCCAAAUCUUGUCAAGAUGUGAUGGAUCGCUUCCCGUGGAAAUGUUAUGAGGAACCUUACAAAAGCGACUGCUGCGAAACAUGUCCGAUGAUCAAACAGAAAAUCGGGACUGAAAAUGGAAAGAUGGGCCCCUUUAAUUUUUUUUCUAAAAUUUUCCAUUCUGUUUUGAUCUUUAUAAAUGCAACCCUCACGUAUCAUCUCAGCCAGCUGCUGUGGACCAUUUGCAGUGACCCUGACAAAUCAUUCUCGUCAUCAAAAUUCGCCUCUUUGAAUCCCAACCUGAAUGCCCGUACGGCGAUAAGUUCUCGAAGGAAAGCUGCCCCAGGUACACUUGUAGCGAUCCUAAGUGGCGGGAUAACUGCUGUCAAACUUGCUCAAACUUUGGUUAUUUCAAAAUCUGCUCAAACUGUCACCUCCAAGGACUGUCCCAGCGGUGAUCAGCCGGCAUGUGCGAGUCUGAAGAAGUACCAAUGCUAUGACGAGGAGCAACGCUGUUGUAUAACUUGCCCGAAAUUAAAAAAUUCAUCAAAAGUCGGUUGCGAAUAUGGCGAUAAAGCUAGAUGGUGUGCGGAUCGCGUUGGUGCCAAGUUAGAACACUGUCCACACUUUUACCAGAAAUGCUGUGAAAGUUGUCAGGAUUACAUCAGGAAAAAUAAACUUAAAAUCUAA